UACUUGGUGGGGGCGUGGCUUGAGCGGCGUCGCCAAGGCCUGGAGUGCGCCGUCGCCGGGUCUCGGACGCUGCAGGGCCGUGCGGAGGGGCGGGGGCACGUUUGCCGGACCCGGCUGCCCGGCGACGGCACGAUGAGCCUGGCCCUCAGGAAUGAGCUCUCAGUAGAUAAAACUAAAAAGAAGAAAAGAAGAGAACUGACUGAGGAGCAGAAGCAAGAAAUUAAAGAUGCCUUUGAAUUGUUUGAUACAGACAAGGAUAGAGCGAUAAAUUAUCAUGAAUUAAAGGUGGCAAUGAGAGCCUUGGGUUUUGAUGUGAAAAAAGCUGAUGUCCUGAAAAUACUUAAAGAUUAUGAUCGAGAAUCAACAGGCAAGAUCACCUUUGAAGAUUUUAAUGAAGUUGUGUUCUCCCCAGCUCAAAAUUCUAUCCUGAUUAAAACAUUGACAGAUUGGAUACUGGACAGAGACCCACAAGAAGAAAUACUCAAGGCUUUCAAAUUGUUUGAUGAUGAUGACUCUGGCAAAAUAAGUCUGAGAAAUCUACGCCGGGUUGCUAGAGAAUUGGGUGAAAAUAUGUCUGAUGAAGAACUGCGGGCUAUGAUUGAAGAAUUUGAUAAGGAUGGAGAUGGAGAAAUCAAUCAAGAAGAAUUUAUUGCUAUUAUGACUGGAGAUAUUUAGCAUUAGAAGAAAAGAAAUUAACUGACCACAAAAGGGAGGAGUUGUUGGCAGCUUCCGUUACAAUAUUUUGUACUUUCAUUUAUUUUGGUAGCUGGAGUGGUGCAGAAAGUUAGUUGUCACAGGACCAAAAUAAAAACCGGUUACAUGCACUGAUAAUUCAGUACUUUGUAUCAUUAAAUAUUAUCACUAGGAUAAUUCAUGUAAUAUUUUAGAAAAAAAAAUAAAUAAUACUGCAUUUCAGAAUGUUUGAUUAACUUUGUAAAAUAGCCUUGUCUCAAAUUUCUAAAUUGUAUCAUAUAAGAACUUUUUGAGCUUCUUGACUUUGUGUUAGCAUUAGUUGUGGCCUUAGUUUUGAUAGAUAAGGUUUGAAAAACUUCCAUUUUAAUAAAACAUUCUUUACUGUUA